AGUUAAACAACGGACAGCCUUACACCACGCAAUGGCAGACUCUGAAAGCUGUCACCUCUCCUUCAAUGACUCCAAGAAUCUGCGUGCCGUCUCUGACAUUGUCAUCAAAACCUUGAGCAUUCAUAUAGCCUCAGUCAGCCUAUUCGGCCACCAUAUGUCUCUCUGCAGAAUCCCGUCCACGCGGCUGGCAGUUUGCAUGCUGCUCGGAUUUGCCGUCGCGCCCGUUAGCGUCCUCGCUCUGUUUAUAUGCCGAGUCGUCAAGCUCCUAUAUUGCAGACGGCCAGGCGCAACGUGGCAGUAUCGUCUCUCGGCAUGUUGUGGUGUUUGGGCAUCACUCGAGGAUCCUACAGAGUCAGCAAGCAAAAACAGGACUAUACCCCUCUACUAUAUUGCUCCGCGCGAUGUCGAGUCUAAGAAACAGAAAUACGACCAGAAAUGGACGGGCAGCAUUUUCCUGCUUCUAGUUGGCUGGGUUCAAGCCUCCCUCACCUCUUUCCUCUACUUCCGACGGUUGCAUACGAACGCUUGCUCGUACCUUGACAUUGUCAAUGGAACGCUGGCAUUGGGCUCGUUCCUCACCCAAACCUUCUCACUCAUCAUCAUACUCCUCAACACCAAGUGGCAGUCCAAUUCGACAGACGCUCAGUUCGGCACCUGGAAUGGAAUUCGAAUGAGGAAAGUCUUCCAUCUUCUGAGACGACCAAAGGAUUUGAACCCAGUGGUUUGCUGGGUUGGAAGACUGCAUCAAGAAGAGCUCUUGAGCUUGGUGUCGAAACCCUCGUGA